AUGAGUUGCGAUAGCGGUGAUGAAGACUCUUUAAACCAAUUUCGCUUUGAAGAGGAAGAACAAAUUAUAGGGCAAGAAAAGGUUCAUUCUAUUACAAACUAUUAUGUAGAAAAUUUUCCAUCAAGUAUUGAUAGAUUUUUUACACGUUAUUACUAUAUUAACACAAAAAAUCAUAGAAUCGCAACUGAAAAAAAUUUGGAAGUAUAUUCAGUUUUAUUUCAUUCAAAUCGAGUUUGUUUGAUAGGGUUAGCUGAUUGUCACCCCGCCCUCAAUAAUGGCAUUGAAAGUAUAACAUUCGAAAUUGGAAAUUGUAAUCGCAGUUUAAAUAAAGUUUCAGGGAAAGGAAAAAAAGGUGGUAUGAUACUUCAAGAGGAUUCAACAUUAGCUAUUAUAAUUGAUAAAAAGUCUAACUUGUACAGGAUUCCCAGUUGUAUUCGAGGGAAAUUAAUAGAAAUUAACGAGCGACUGUUAGAUCUUAACAAUAUAAAUAUUUUAGGAAAAGAGGGGGAUGGAUUUAUAGCCAUUGUUCUCCCCAAACCAGAACAUUGUAAGAAAAUUAAAGAGGACUUAUUAUCUAAGCAAUCCUAUGAACAAUACAAACGUGUAAAUCUUUAAGAAUUAAAUAAAGCAUAUGUAGGUAGUUUCUUUUUAAAA